CACACACACACACACUGUGCGAGAGGGUUGUGUGUGAUUCCGCUGCUGAAUUUUUAAAGCUGUUGUGGAACUUUGCGAGGUCAGUGUGGCGAAGGAUUGCGUUACAAAGACACAACUCACCCGCUUGGCCACGACACCGAUUCUUCUUCGUGGAUUGUCUGUGGUCCUGAUGCUGUCACCGUAGCAACAUGAGCAUCAAGAUUCAGAGAAAGGAGGCAGAAGUCCAGCCACGGCGGGGCAGCACUCCCGUCCGCCCCACCCGGGAGUGCUCGCCCUGCACCCGGGACCCCCACGCCGGCGGCGGCCCACAGCGCAGGCACCCUCCCCUGGGACAGUCAGCAUCCUUCCAGCCAGGGGACACACGUUGCCGGGCGCAGUGGAGCGCCGACUCGGACGACGACUCGGACUGCGUUCACAGGGUGCUGUUGCUCGGCGACCACGGCGUGGGCAAGAGCAGCCUGGCGGGAAUCUUUGCCGGAAUCACCGACAAAGACGAACAACUGGAAGAAGACACAUACGAGAGGACGCUGACUGUUGAUGGCAAGGAGACCACACUGGCUGUCAUGGAUACGUGGACAAGUGACAAACUGGACGAAGACGGGCGUGCGGGCAGUGAGGCCUGCCUGACAGGCGGCAGCGCAUACGUCAUCGUGUACUCGGUCAGCGACCGGAGCAGCUUCGACGCGGCGGCCGAGCUCCGCAUCACGCUACGGCGGCGGCGACAGGCCGACGAUGUGCCCAUCAUCCUCGUUGGCAACAAGAGCGACCUGGUGCGCUCCAGAGAGGUGGCACUGCAAGAAGGUCGAGCGUGCGCGGUGGUUUUUGAUUGCAAGUUCAUUGAGACGUCAGCGUCGCUGCAACACAACGUGAGCGAGCUCUUUGAGGGUGUGGUGCGCCAAAUCCGACUGCGCCGCGCGGGCGCAUCGAACGCCGACGCGGCGCAGUGCCGACGCGCCUCGUCCUGCAGGCGCAAGGAGAGCAUCACUCAGAAGGCGCGACGCUUCCUGGACCGCUUGGUGGCGCGCAACAACCAGCGUGUGGCCGUCAGGGUGCGAUCCAAGAGCUGCCACGACCUGGCCGUCCUCUGAGGGACCGCUGACCCGUCCUGACCCAAAGACGAUUCUCCCACGGACAUGAUUGCCUGUUUCAGGCACGAUGGAUGGGACAACUUAUGUAAGCCUUUGACCUGGGAUGUAGCUUGUUCAUGCUAGCAAACAAAUGGAUGAAAAUGGAACCGGAAGGUGGCCUGAAAAACACGGGCAAGACAUUCAACAUGAGUGUUUAUUCACUCACACACAGGCAGACGCACCUGGCCCAGAUUCAGUCAGACGUUUAAAAUCACUUUCAUGCACACACUCACUCUUGUGCAGACACAUAUUCUCUCUCUCUCUCGCUCUCCCUCCCUCCCUCCCUAAUCUCUAUCUCACGCUCUCAUCUCACACACGCACACUCAGACACUUUCAUAAACACGAGCGCAAACAAAGACGAAUGCACACUUUUAAACACACACACAGUCAUGGAAGACCAAGUGUGUUGAAGGGGGGCAGUAGAUGGAUGAAGGGUGUUGAACAUUGAUUUGUAAUGGAAAGAAUGCAACUCACGUGACACACACGCACGCACACACACGCACGCACACACAUACACACGCAGUCAGCCACAUGUAAACAUCCUCUGGUGGACCAGAGGUCCAAAGCUGUGAGGUCCCAUAUCGUGCGUGCGUGCGUGUGUGUAAUACAGAUUGCAAUCUUCAUCACUUUGUGUCUUUGAGUUUUGCCGAUAGGUUUGCGCAGUUGAAGACACUGGAUGAAGUGCCUUCGGUGUUCACAGAAACUAGCGUGUCCCAAUUGUUAAAUACUACUUCCAAAAGCGCACACGUCGUUAAUUCAGGUGAAGACUCAAAUUGACUUUGGUGAUUGCAGAAACACGUUUCCUGCUUUUUUUACGGUCUCUGAAUUUUCUGUGAUGUUUAAAAUGAAAAUGUAUUAAAGGUCACAGAA